AUGGCCGGCGACGAGGUGAGACGGCGGAAUAAUGGAGGGACGAGCGAUGUUGCAGCCACGAGCACACCACAACCUGAGGAGAAGGUUUUGAAGAAUCGACCAAAAGCGUCGGCAUUACGACAACAGAGGCUACCAGCAUGGCAGCCCAUCAUGACUGCAACCACUGUCAUCCCCGCUGUUUUCUGUGUCGGCAUUGUGUUCAUUCCAAUUGGCAUCGCGCUGUACCUCGCCAGCGAUUCAGUUGUCGAGGUGCGAGUGCCGUACGAUCAGUGUGCGAUUCAGCCUCCAACUUCAUUAGCAACGUGCGAUGUGCCGUUUACGAUUCCCAAGGACAUGACGGGAUCUGUGUACUUCUAUUACUACUUGUCCAAUUUCUACCAAAAUCACCGACGAUAUGUGAAGAAUCGCAACGACCAGCAAUACUUGGGGAAAUUAGACCAAGUGUCGGAGUGUGAUCCCUACGACAAAGACGCGAGCGGAAAGAACAUCGUCCCCUGCGGCGCGAUUGCCAACUCUAUGUUCAAUGACACUUUCAUCCUGUUAGCCCGCGACGGACGGCAAGUUCAAUUUUCAAAAGCUGGCGUCGUUUGGGAAGUGGAUGAGCAGCGGAAAUUCAAAAAUCCUGAAGGCUGGACCAGUGCAAUGCAGUGCAACGGCGGUGGCUAUGAGAAUACGGCGAAACCCCCGAAUUGGCCAAAACCGAUUUGUGAGAUGGAAGAUGGCAUGACGAAUGUUGAUUUCAUAGUAUGGAUGCGGACAGCGGCGCUGCCGAAUUUCCGGAAGCUCUGGAGAACCCAUGCGCCCGAUCAGUACUUCCCGAAUGGGUUACCAGCCGGUGACUACACGCUGCGAGUCUUGAACUAUUAUCCGGUUGCUUCGUUCGGUGGCCAGAAGGAGUUUAUCAUGUCAACGACCUCUUGGGCAGGAGGGAAAAACGGAUUCCUUGGCGUCGCCUACUUAGUGGUCGGCUCGCUCGCGAUACUAUUGGGAGUAAUAUUCAUAAUAAUCCAUAUCAAAUUUGGACAUACCGUUGACGAACUCAGCAACAUCACCCGGCAACAC